UGGCGAGGGGCGGCGGCGGCGGCGGCGGCGGCAACAACAACGGCCAUGGCGGCGGCGGAGACCAAGAUCAUCUACCACCUCGACGACCAGGAGACGCCGUACCUGGUGAAGCUGCCCAUCCCGGCCGAGCGGGUCACGCUGGGCGACUUCAAGGCCCUCCUCAACCGGCCCAACUACAAGUUCUACUUCAAGUCUAUGGACGAUGAUUUCGGGGUUGUGAAGGAAGAAAUCUCUGAUGACAAUGCAAAGCUUCCAUGUUUCAAUGGCCGGGUGGUGUCUUGGCUGGUGUCUGCUGAGGGGUCUCAUUCGGAUGCCGGGUCUGUCUGUGCCGAUAAUCAGCCGGAGCUGCCACCCUCCAUUGAGCGCACUGGAGGCAUAGGGGACUCCAGGCCUCCUUCUUUUCACCCCAACACUGGGGGGAGUCGAGAGAACCUGGAUAAUGAGACAGAGACUGACUCGGUGGUGUCAAUACAGAGGGAACGGCCGCGCAGGAAAGAUGGGCCCGAGCAUGCAGCCAGGGUGAAUGGAACAGCCAAGGGGGAACGGCGGCGGGAACUAGGUGGCUAUGACAGCUCCUCCACCCUCAUGAGUAGUGAACUGGAGACCACCAGCUUCUUUGACUCAGAUGACGAUGAUUCCACCAGCAGGUUCAGCAGCUCCACAGAGCAGAGCAGCGCCUCCCGCCUGAUGAGGAGGCAUAAACGACGCCGGCGGAAACAAAAAGUGCCCCGUAUAGAGCGGUCCUCGUCCUUCAGCAGCAUCACGGAUUCUACCAUGUCGUUGAAUAUUAUCACAGUCACCCUCAACAUGGAGAAGUACAACUUCUUGGGCAUCUCCAUUGUCGGGCAGAGCAAUGAGCGUGGCGAUGGUGGCAUCUACAUUGGCUCCAUCAUGAAGGGAGGGGCUGUGGCAGCUGAUGGAAGAAUUGAGCCGGGCGACAUGUUGCUGCAGGUGAAUGAUAUCAACUUUGAGAACAUGAGCAACGACGAUGCGGUGAGGGUGCUUAGGGAGAUCGUCCACAAGCCGGGGCCCAUCACGUUGACGGUUGCCAAGUGUUGGGAUCCCAGCCCCAGGGGCUGCUUCUCAUUACCCAGGAUUGCUCCCCAGCGGAUCUGGGCUGGGCCAGACUCUCCAUGCUCCGAUCCGGGUGAGCCCAUCCGACCCAUCGACCCAGCAGCCUGGGUUUCCCACACCGCGGCGAUGACUGGCACCUACCCAGCGUACGGUAUGAGCCCAUCCAUGAGCACAAUCACUUCCACCAGCUCCUCCAUCACCAGCUCCAUCCCAGAAACCGAGCGCCUCGAUGACUUUCACCUGUCCAUCCACAGCGACAUGGCCACCAUCGUCAAAGCCAUGGCCUCGCCAGAGUCGGGCUUGGAGGUACGUGACCGGAUGUGGCUGAAGAUCACCAUCCCCAAUGCUUUCAUUGGGUCUGAUGUGGUAGAUUGGCUGUACCAUCACGUGGAAGGGUUCACAGACCGGCGAGAAUCCCGCAAGUAUGCCAGCAACCUGCUGAAGGCCGGCUAUAUCCGACACACGGUCAACAAGAUCACCUUCUCGGAGCAAUGCUACUACAUCUUCGGCGAUCUCUGCGGCAACAUGGCCAGCCUGUCCUUGCACGACCAUGAUGGAUCCAGUGGUGCCUCUGACCAGGACACACUGGCUCCCUUACCCCACCCAGGAGCUGCCCCGUGGCCCAUGGCUUUCCCGUACCAGUACCCACCACCCCAUCCGUACAACCCCCAUCCCGGAUUUCCUGAUCCAGGCUACAGCUAUGGAGGGGGCAGUGCAGGCAGCCAGCACAGUGAAGGAAGUCGGAGCAGUGGCUCGAACCGCAGCGGCAGCGAGAGAAGGAAGGAGCGAGAGCCCAAGGCUGGGGAGUCCAAGUCGGGCGGCAGCGGCAGCGAGUCGGACCACGCCAGCCGCGGCAGCAUGCGGCGGGAGCGAGCGGCCAGCGAGCGCUCGGUGCCCACCAGCCAGCGCAGCCACCACUCCAUGGCCCACAGCAUCCGCAGCCAUCACAGCCAGCAGUCGUACGGCCCCCCCGGCCUCCCGCCUCUCUACAGCCCCCCCAUGCUCCUGAUGCCUCCGCCGCCUUCUGCCCUGGGCCCCCCGGGGGCUCCCCCGGGCCGAGACCUGGCCUCUGUGCCCCCUGAACUGACGGCCAGUAGACAGUCAUUCCGAAUGGCCAUGGGCAACCCCAGUGAGUUCUUUGUGGAUGUAAUGUGAAACGCCGCCCUUCCCUCUGCCCCUGUCUGUUUGCUGCCCCCACCGGUCUGUCUCCGAGGAACAGCCCGGCCUCAAUCUGUGUGGGAUGCCUCCCCCCCCACCCCCCACCCCCUGUUUUUCGUUUGUUUUUUGGUCUUGGUAAUUAUGAAAAGGGAAACAAAUAAACUGAACUAAACGUUUGGAUUCUAAUCCCUGCCUGCGAUUGGGCCCAGCAGCCUCUCCUGACCACCCCGGACUUGACUGCGGAGGCGAGCCGGCCCUGCUUGCGCCAACCCCCCCCCCCCUUAACCCUUUCUCUAACCCAUUAAUCCGCAUCUGCCUGGGGCCUCUGCUGCUCGCCUGUGUUUUCUGCCGCCGGCUCACUGCUCCUGCCCUAAACACAUGCCCUCUUUCUUCUCGCCCCUUUUUGUGUCCCUUUCUGUCGAGCAGCCAAGAAUUACGGGGUGUUUGACUUCCUUUGAGCUGGCCGCCCGCGGUGGGGAGAGCCCCAGCGUGCUGUGGUGGUGGUUUGGCUCCCCCCGGCCCCCGACAGAGGAAGACGCCGAGGCCUACGGGCAGGCACUUGGGCAGAAACCUCCCGUGGAGCAGAAGGGCAAAAGCUCGCUUGAUCUUGAUUUUCAGUACGAAGAUGGCUUCUUUUCCUACAGGUGGAAGAUGCCUCCCACCCCACCCCUUGUCCAUAGCCCCGGAAAGGGAGCAGGGCUAAGAUCCGACUGCGUUUUGUCCUCGGAUAAAUGUAGCAACCUGGUGGCCGUUCACAUGCAGCGGUGGGGUGAAGGCGAGCCCCACCCACUCCGCCAGGCAGUUGAGACUUCCCCUUGCUCUCUAGGGCAGGACUUCCCUAACCGCGAUGAGGGCCCUUGCUGAGGAAUUGUCGGAAGUUGCUUGGGAUGCUCACGGCCCGCCUCGAUUCUUUGCCUCGUCUUAAUCGGGGCCAGUAACGAGCGUGCCCAACCCACUGUAUCGAUAGCCAGGCUGUCCUCUCCAAGUGUCGCCCCCUCCUCCUGGAAAAUGCUUCCUAAUACACUACAUCACCACAAAGUAAAUACAAAGGAAAAAAACCCUGUCUCCAAAACCCAGGAUUUUUCUACACCAGCACUCGUAGUCCUAAGAACAUCAGAAGUGCCCUGAUGCUGGAUCAGACCAAGGGUCCAUCUUCUUGCUGUGUUUCUUCUCCAUCGCCUUUUUGCAUGCAGAUCCAUCUUUUGGUAGCUCAUGUCUCUUUGGAUGAAAUGUUUGAGUCACUUUCCAUCCCCAGUCCCAUUCACUGUUUUGUUUAAGCUUCAUGCAUCCAGACUACGUAUACCCGGAUCAGCGUACAGUGGUGCUUUCUCGUCUCUUUUUCCCCCUGGAGACCUAUGUCUCUCUCUCAACUUUUGUUUUCUUUUAACAAUCCCGAAACUGAAAAAGGGAGGAGAGUGGGGGAGGGGAGAGAGAGAAAGAGAGAGAGAAUGAUGGUCGCUUAUCACUUAAGUAGUGGUAGACUUAACCUCUGUGGGAUGUAGUUAUUGCUGGCACAAUGGUGUGGUUUUUUUUUCCUUCUGGGACGUUGUGAACAUAAUGAACCCCUCUGUAGGUAUGCCACGAUUCUGAAAACAUUGUUGGCCUCAUAAAUCAGCUUCCAAUUAUUAUUUUUAGCAAAAUAACUUUCUGGAUCUUCAUGGUUGUGAAGAUGAACCUGCAAGCAUGUUGACAAAGCCUUUUGAAAUCGGCAAAGGCAGAAGAGUUGCCGUGUGUAUGUGUGUAUUCCAUGGGCCAGAGGAUCGCCCCCAAAUAUUCUCUGCACAUGCUUAGGAGAAGAGUGGCAGGGCUUUUUUCCCCACCUGUGAGCUAGAGGAGUGCUCCAUUCCAUAGCAAGGAAAUAAACAAGUAGGACUUGCAACAAAAGUGUUGCAGCGUGGAGUGCUUCUGUUCCCCUCUCAGUACUUCAUUCCAUUCCCCAACCCUCACAGUUUUCUUCUCAACAGCCGGUCAACUUCCUGUGGCCAUUGAUCAUGCUCAGUCCUCAAUGGGUUGUUUUUGAUCCCCCCCCCCCCUAGUAUUUUCCCCUCUGUAGAUUUUUUUCGUAUUGGAAAAAUUUAAAUGGUGGUUAAAUCCAGCCAGCUGACAGCUUUGAGUACUAAGCCAGAAAAGUGGGGUGGGUGGGACGAGGAUGGCAUUGGCAGUGGGCCUUGCCACCUGCCCAAAGCUGCAAGCUACUGACGGCAGCCCUACUCUUACGUGUGGCUGGUGGCAUUUUGGCUGCAUGAGCAAUGACACUCCGCCUGAACAUCAGAAAUCGAGGGAAUGUUGCUUGUGCUAAAUGAGAGAGAAAUCAUGCAAAUGGUCUUAACCUGCACAAUAUGGGUUGCAGAAGUAAUAUUUUCUUGCUGAAAUGGGAUUCCCUUGGUGCAGAAUUCUUUUUUUAAAUCAUGGAAUGCACAUUUUUAAUGCCUUUACCAUGGUAAUGAGAGUCGUGCUUAUUGCACUCCAUGCCACCAGAUUGCCCAACUACAGCUCUGUGGCUAGUGUUAAGGACCGGGGUUGAGGUUGGGUGGGCAUCUGCUUUUCCUGUAGCUUUUUGCUCUUGUCAUCUCAUACUCUUCCCUUUGAUUUGUUUGCCUGUCAACCACAGACAGAUGGGUUAUUUACCAGUGGCCCUACUGCAUCUUGUUUACCAGGCACUUAAGUGUGUGUGUGUGUGUGUGUGUGUGUGUGGACCUCGUAGAGCUAUCUAGAGGGACCUGGUUUGACCAGGUUCACCAUGAAUGUUCCCAGGGUAGGCUGCAGCCACACUAAUUCAGCUCAUCACAUUGUGUGCUAGCUGUCAUGUCAGUAUCCACCUCAAAACCAAUGCUGAGUGGGGCUUGAAUAGGAUACUGCCUAUCUUUCAGGGUGGUGGUGGGGAACAAAGAGAUUUUAAAAAUGUAACUUCUGGGAGCUGAGCUGUCCACAAACUCCUGAGUUCUAGCACACGAGAAAAAAGAACGAGGAAGGUGUGUGUAGAAAAGAGCAGGGUGUGUGUCCCCCUCCUUUGCUCGGCUUACCUUAGCUGACACUUGGACUACUUACUGUCUCUUUCCCCUUCCAUUAUGAAUGAAAGAGCAGCAGGUUUGAACUUAAAAGUAGUAAGGGAUCAACAACCUCCAGCCCAGUGAUUCUAUGGGGUCUCAGAUAUAAGUAGGGUCUCUGGAAAACUGCAUUGGUUGCAGUCCUGUCCCCGAGUAGACACUCUGGCACCAGAUGGGGAGAAUAUAUUGUUUUGGAAACUUCUCCGUUUGCUAAACAGUGGAGGGAAGGGAUUCCAGCAUUCCUGGGGCAUCUUCAUUUGCCAUAGCUGCUCUCCUUCCCUUGUGGCUUCUAGUUAAUCUCCCUGCCCUUUAUAAGCCAAACCUCUCCCAUCCUGCACUCCUCAGUGAACCCUAGCCCAUCCUCCUUGUUCACUCGCACACAAUACACAUGAAAUGCAAAAUGUAUUAAAUCUUCAUGUGGAGACUCUGCAAUAACGCAGUCACGCAAAACUGCAAUGUACAUACAUAAACUUUGCUGUGUAGGACUUUAUACAAUUUUCAAGCCAUUCCCAAUGCAGAUAUGACUUCAUAGAGGAAGCUGUCGUGUGUGAAGAUGUAGUUACCGUGAUCGCGACUGUUGGGAUCUGUUUAGCUAAGAGUUCCAGAGUCCUUGCCUGUCGUGCCCUGGCCCUGUUCCUGCACAAGCAAUUGCACAAUUUGUCACACCGCAUCUUUAGCUACUCAAAACACCCCAUGCUUUUGUGCUCCUGUGAAGGAGCUGGUUGGGAGCUGCACCCUCUCUUAGUGGCAUAAGGAUUGUGCAGCAUCCAUUAGACGGUACAUUCAAGUCCCCUUCUGUCUUUCAUCAGACUUGGCCUUUCUGCCCUCUUAUGGGCACUCUUUGACAUGUACAUUGUCCUGUGUGCCAAUGUCAACCAUGUUUGGAUUAUCUUGUACUAUCAGGACAUGUUCUUGGUAAUUGAAAUGUAUCUUCAUUCCUGCUUUCCUUUCCAGUUCCAGUCCAGCAUCGGCUCAUGCGCCUUCCUGUUUGCUAGUGUUCUAUCCAAGAACUGUGCUACCAGUUCUUCAAAUCUACACUUGUGCCACUUGGCUCUCUUCAUUUGCUUGUUUGUUCUUUCACACCUUCUGCCAUUUGGGCUGCCCUCUUUCUGCCUGCCAAUAGCUGGUUAUUCAGGCUAUUGCUCGUGAUCUCUGUCUCGUGUUGCCUGCCCUUCUUUUCGUCCUCCUGGUGCUUCAGUGCCAUCCUGACUUGCUUCCUCCUCUCUUUCUGGUCCCUUCUCUGGUUCUACAUCAUCAUCUUUUUUCUUCAACUCUCACCUUCCUACUUUGGUGCUAUCUUGUCAUACAUAUUGCCUCCUUCCCCCUGAUUUUAUAUAAAUUGAAACCAUCCUAUGUGUUUUUAUUUAUAAAAUAGUUUUAUUGGA